GUUGGUUUUGCUGAUCGCAGUCAAGCAUCACUAGACUAACUGUGUCGCAGUGCGCAUGUCCUCCGGCUCAAUCGCCGUCUUCUCCCCCGUCAACCUCACACCCGCCGUGCGGGAGGCCGUUGCAGGUCUCGGCGGACGAGUCAAGUACAUCGCAGCGCUAGACCUCGAGCACCACUUGCACUUAACCUCGUGGAAGAACGCGUUCCCCGACGCAGAGAUCAUCGCCCCCGAGGGGCUCUGGGAGAAGAGACAAUCCGUCCCCGAGUUCAAAGACACCCCUUUCAAGCACAUCCUCCGCGAAGCAAACAAGGACCGCCCGUGGUCGAUCUCGGAAGAGUUCGACAAGGAGUUUAACAUUGAAUAUGUAUAUGGACAUGGGUCCAAGGAGAUCGUGUUCCUGCAUAAACCCUCGUUGACGCUAAUUGAGGCGGACUUGCUCUUCAAUCUGCCCGCCCGCGAGCAGUACUCUAAGACUGGGGUUGAUGCGACGUCGGGAAUCUGGACGAAGAUCGUGAAGCCGCUGCUGUCGACGAGUGCGCCGGCUAAGUGGCAGAAGAGGUUCGUGUGGUAUGCUCUGGCGAAGGAUAAAAAGGCGUUUGGGGAGUCGAUUCAGAGGAUCGACAAGUGGGAGUUCAAUCGGUUGAUUCCGUGCCAUGGGGAUGUGAUUGAGAGUGGUGCAAAGGGAGUAUUCAAGACGGUGUUUGAGUGGUUCUUGUGAUCAGUAGUGGUGUAAUGAGUUGUUGAUAUUUCUGCCAAGGGGUGUGGUUGAAAAGGCGCAAAGCGACUGAUAUCUAAGGGUGUGGUUGAGAGGUCCUUGCAAGAAGUCCUGGUGUUAUGAGGCUCUUGAUAUCCGGUGCGUUGACAAGCUUGAUUUGCGUGACAAGCUUGAUUUGUGUGACAUUCGCCUACAAAAUGGCUUCUGCCCUAAUGUGUAUGUACUACUUCUUGUUUGUGUACUAUUAUGGUCGCCCAACGGACUCGGGAGGGUCUAAUUGAUAUACAAUCCCCACUGUGGCUCAGCUGCGAUUCAUGUUCGGAUACGCAGCUACAGUGAAGCGUUUUCCAAGUCAAUCCAUUUGUCGGUAGACGCUGUUAAUGCACUUGCAACGUGCAUAGUGGACCAAAAGGGUAAGCGCAUGCUGAUCCCUGUCUGAAGAAAAUGGGAUUAUGUUGCGACAACCUCAAGAGAUUCAGCCUUCAACUCAACGCUCUCAAUGACGACGAUCCAAGCUGAAUGGCGGCCUCGAUUGUCAGCGGUCACCAGACAAAAACACGGCUCGGAGAAUAAUCGACAAACGCAAGAAUCAGGGCUAUUCAGCCAGUCGAGUCGCUUGUGUUCAUGACGACCAUUCGCGCAAAACAAGCUGCGGACGCACCAGAGUGACGUAUCACCAAAGUUUACCAGGCAGAAGAAUUGACCACACCAUAUUCCUGGUCAAUCAGUUUCCCAGUCUGGGUUGGUGAGCUUCGCCUCCAGCUCGAGGCGUUGGGCAGAGAGACUGGACGAGCUUGCAGGACACCAAUCGGCUCCCACCAGUCGACGUCAUGGCCAUUGACUGAUCACGUUCACAACACAAGAGUUGUCUAUACCUGAGACGUCCAGCGACACUCCCCUUC